UAAAUAGUUAUAAUAAAUAAAAAAAUAAUAAGGCUAAUUAUUAGUUAUAAUUAGAAAUAUUGUUAUUAAUUUCAAUCAAAAGAUAAUAUUUAUUCUGAUUUAUUUCAACAAUCAAUUGAAAUUGCAAGAAAUUAAGUACCCUAUUUAUACAAAAUGGCAAGCGAAGAUGGUGAGAUGCCUUCCUAAUUUGAAGGUAUAGACCCUGAAUAAUUAACAGAAAGUCAAAUGCAGUAAUAUAUGAUGGAAAUGCAAAGACAGGGAUUAUUAGAUUCUAAUAUGGAAGGAGGAUAAUAUGAAGAAGGCUAUGAAGAAGGUUAGGAAGGAGAAGGUUAUGGAGAAGAGUAUGGUGAUUAAGAUUAUGAUGGAAAUUAAAAUGAAUAUGAUAGUCAAUAAGAUAGCCAAUAGUAAGGACAUGAUCAAGUUAAUGAAAUGCAUUAAGAUAGAUAUGAUAGAAGAGUUAAUAGCGAGAUUAGUGGAAAUUAUGAAGCAGACGAUGAAACUUUAAGAAAAAUUCGUAGAGAUUUAUUAGAUAAUAUAAAUUUAGAAAGAAGACAUAGAGAUUUAUAGCCAGUUUAUAUUGAUCUAACAACUAACAAUAUUUCUUAAUACUACUCAGAAUAUCUCGUCAAUAAUGAACACAAUUAAGAUUUUUAUGAAAAUGCAAAAGUCAGGUAUAAUAAUUUAGGAGAAUGUGAACUUUGUCAUAUAACAGCUAAGUUUGAGCCAGAUGCAGAUAUCACUAAAGAAUAUAUUUAUGAUUAUUUUAUGGAAAUUGGUUAUCUCUUUUUAGAAAGUGAAGAAGAAAAAAGAAUUAUAUUAAAUCCUGCAAAUAAUCAUAUCGGUAUAGGAGUCUUUUUUGAUGAAAUACAAAUUGUUGUUGUACUGAUUCUUUCAGAAAAAGUCUUAUGCAUCUAAAAGAUAUCAUAACCAGAAUAAAAUAAAAUAGAAAUCAGGGGUAAAAUGCUUGAUGAAAACUUUGGUAUUUAUGCAAUCAGAAUUAUGAAUGUGGAUGAUUAAAAGAAAGACAUUAAAGGUGUUGGACCCGAAUUUAUUGAGUAUACGCGUUCCACUUAAGAAUGGAUGGCCUCUUUUGAACUAGAACUGUAUAACUAAGAUAGAAUGGCAAUUGAAUAUUAUACUCGUGUUUCUCCAGAUUCAAUCCCAUAUAAAAAGAAAUAAAGCAAAAAUGAAAAAUUAACUUAUAAGCAUCUUCAAUUAAGAUUACGUACUCCAUUUUAAAUUUAUCCAGAUCCAAAGUACGCUGCUGAAGAUGAAAAAGAAAGAAUUCGUAAAGAGCAAGAAAUAUUAGCUCACGAAGAGUAAGAAAGAAAAGAACGUGAAGAAAAUGAUGCAAAAAGACUAAAGCAAUCACGCAAGGAUUAUGGAGAUGGGUAAUAUGACGACGAUGAACACGGUUAAGACGAUUUCAACUCAUAGUCUGAUAUAUCUGAUAAGGAUAAACACCAUGAUUCUAUGCAUGCAGAGUAAGAAUAAAACCAACAAGCUGCCUAACAAUAACAAGACACAAUAUCUAAUAAAGAAAUUAGGUAAGAACUUGAAAUGGCAAUAACAGAGGCUUAGAGGUAGCAUGAUGAAUUUAUGCUAUAAAAUCAUAAACUAUAAGAGGAAAUUAAGCUCCUCAAAAAUAAAAAUGAUGGUUUUGUAGAUAGGUCUAAUGAAACUGCAAUGAACGAACAUAAGUACUUAAAUACAUUAGCUCAUGUUCAUUAGAUCCGUUUAGAUUUGAAGUAAACUUAAACUAGAUAUAAUUAAAUGUCUUAGGAAUUGUAAAAGAAGCUUGAGUAAAAGUAAAAAAAAUGUAACGAAAUUAAGUAUGCUUUUCUAGAAUUAAAGAGAGAAGUAGCUAAAAAGGCUGCUAAUUCUCGUACUGAUAAACCUAUUCCUGAGCAACAAAUUAAUGAGUGGGAAAAGGCAGAGUUGUAAAAAUCAAAAGAACUUUAAGAACUCCGUCUUUAAAUUCUUCGUUUAAGAAACGCUUAUGUGAAAAAUCAAAAAAUAUUAAAAAAGAAAGAAGAAUUAGCUGAGGGUCUUCAUUUAAUUGAUUUUGAAUAAUUGAAGAUUGAAAAUUAAACUUUGAAUGAAAAAAUUGAGGAAAGAAACGAAGAAUUACACAAAUUAAAAAAGAAAAACACUACAACUAUUUAAAUUCUAACCCACACUAGAGAAAAGCUAGGAUUUGUCUAGGGCGAAAACGGAGAACUCAAUUCUUAAAAUGUUAGAAAAGAUUAAGAGCUUGAUGACAUGAGAAAGUAAUUGACUUAAUAAAAAAAGACUAAAGAUAAAUUACGUUCUGUAAAUUUAACUCUUAAGCAAUAAACUGGUAUUGUAAACUCUGAAGAACUUGGCUAAGAUUAUAGAGAUUUAAGAACAAGAGUAUCAAAAUUAGAAGAAGAAAAAAAGAGAUUAGAAUAAAAGCUCAGAAGCAUGCAUGAAGCCAUUAAAACAGCAAAUUAAAUUUCAACCUAAAAUAUGCAAUCUUAAAAUAACUCAUUAAAAAAACCAUAUUAGCCUUAUUGA